AUGACCGACACUGAGAAAGGAUUUAACCUUCAAGUCUCACCCAAAAGGAUUAGUCGAGUUGGUGAUGACAAUGAUGACAAAACGGCUUUGUCUCAUCCGUCAAUUUGGUUAUUGCUUGCGGUUUCAAUGCCACGGAUGGCUAUCAACAUGGCUUGGUCAGCUCAAUGGGCUGCGCUUGGACCUUACCUGUCAACGAUGCUACCAAAAUUUGCCGUUCAGAUCACGCAAUUUAUUGGUCCGAUAGUCGGUGUGCUCGUAGGUCCCAGCAUCGGUGUUUUGAGUGAUCGCAGCACUGCAAAAUUUGGUCGCCGUCGACCCUUUUUGAUUGUCGCGGGUAUUCUAAGUAUCAUUUGCUGGAUUGCCAUGAGCUACACGCGGGAAAUAGGUGAAGCUUUUGGCGAUCAUGGUGACGGCACUGAUGGUCAGCCAAUCAACCGCACGUGGACUUCGAUCCUCACUGUAUUUUUCUACUUGUGGAUGGACAUCACCGUCAACGUCGUCCAAACACCAGCCAUGCUUAUUGUCGCUGACUUUGCAGGCGAUCGUCAGACAACGGGUGCUGCUCUUGGUCAGGCUUGGUCAACCUUGGGCUCAAUUCUUGUUGCUGGCUACAUUGAGUUAUUUGGAGCUGCUCACAAUACUUUGCACGAGUUCAUGUGGAUGUUGUCGGGUACCAUGUUUAUCUGCAUUACCGUCGCUGUCGUGUUUGCAAAUGAAACUCCAUUGGAUCCAAGCAAGGUUGACGCGGUUUCGACGUGGAAGCGCAUUGGACACGCCUUUGCUUCCGUCUAUCACGGUAUUCGCACACUUCCUCGUGUACUUGCCGUCUAUGGCGUCUGUUUCUUCUUCGUCCAGUACGGAUUCACAGCUUACAAUGGUAACAAGGGUCAGUUCUUCGGUAUUGAAGUGUACGGUGGAUCUGCUGAAAAUGCCGAUAGCUGUGACCCGUGCACCCCCGAGCAGGAUGCAUACAACCACGGUGUCAGUAUUGCUGGUGGCCGCGCUGAUCUACUUUUCAACGUCGUUGGCUACAUCUACUCGUGGACAUUGCCGUUUUUAGUGCACACGUUUGGUGUAAAGUGGAUGAUGACUAUCUCGACAAUUCCGCAGAGUUUGCUCAUAAUCAUGGCUUGGUCGACCAAUGUGACCUUCAACGUGUUUAUUGUUGCCACAACCAGCAUCACGCAGGCCGUGUGGUUUGCUCUCAUUGUGCCAGUGGUCAUCCACGUUUUCGGUGAGGACGAGGAAAUCGGCAUUUACGUUGGAGCUCUGAACUCGGCAAACUGCUUUGGUCAACUGCUGAACUUUGCCAUUGGUUCCGGUCUCGUUGAAACUUCUCUGGGCUACAAGCUUCCCGUCUUCCUCGGUGGUCUUAUGAGCGCUUUCGGCUUUCUUACGGCUCUGCUCUUUUUCAAGAUAAAGAUGUACUCUAUGUAA